CGCCACGGAGCGCCGCGCGCCGGAGCCUUCAGCGGAGCACGCGGCCGCGCUCUGCGGCUCCUUCCCGGUUUGUAAACCCGUGAUUGGACGGAGCGAGUCACGUUGUCCGUGGAGCUGUCAGUCCGAUUCUGCACCAUUGUUCCCCGAGCAGCCGGAAAGAGUGCUCGUUACAGCCCCGUUACACAUAUGCGACGGUGGUGCCGGGCGGUGCAGAACGACUCGGGAGACCCGGUACCGAUUUUAUUCAUGAUCUCACCGGCAGUGGAAGGGAAACCGGCUCUGCGAAAUAUUGAGAAGUCCAUUGGGAGAGGGGCGUCAUCGACUGGCUGGUCGCAGAUGAUGGGAACGAAAUGAAUGAACAAAGGCGUUUAACUGCAGUGUAAUAUUAUUUGCUGAAGGUGCACACACGGCGGGCCAUGAGUGGAAUACUGAAGAGGAAAUUUGAGGAGGUGGAAGCCUCCUCCUCCCCGUGCUCCUCCUUGCGGGAGUCCGAUGAUGAGGUCUCCUGCAGUGAGAGUGGGGAUAGCGGUGACAGUGUCAACCCAUCUGCCUCAGGGACUUUCACCCCUGACUCAAUAUUGAAGAGAGAGAAGCGCAUGCGGACGAGGAGGGUGCAUUUUGAGAAAGUGACCGUGUACUACUUCAGCCGGCGGCAGGGCUUCACCAGCGUGCCCAGCCAGGGAGGCAGCACGCUGGGAAUGUCCAACAGGCACAGCUGGAUCCGGCAGUACACCCUCGGGGAAUUCGCCGUGGAGCAGGAGAGGAUUCACAGAGACAUGCUCAGGGAUCACCUGAAGGAGGAGAAACUCAAUUCCAUCAAACUCAAGCUGACUAAGAACGGCACGGUGGAGUCCGAAGAGGCCAACGCGCUCACGGCAGACGACAUCUCCGACGACGACAUCGAUCUGGACAACACGGAGGUGGACGAGUACUUCUUCCUGCAGCCGCUGACCACUAAGAAGCGGCGCGCGCUGUUGCGCUCCUCCGGCGUGAAGAAGAUCGACGUGGAAGAGAAGCACGAACUGCGGGCUAUCCGGAUGUCCAGGGAGGACUGCGGCUGUGACUGCAGGGUCUUCUGCGACCCGGAGACGUGCGCCUGCAGCAUCGCGGGGAUCAAAUGCCAGGUGGACCGUAUGUCAUUUCCAUGCGGCUGCACAAAAGAGGGCUGCACCAAUUCCACUGGGAGAGUGGAGUUUAAUCCCAUCCGAGUUCGGACCCAUUUCUUGCACACCAUAAUGAAGCUGGAACUGGAGAAGAGCCGUGAGCAGCAGCAGCAGCAGCAGCAGCAGCAGCAGCAGGCGCCCCUUGCCAACGGUUACCAUGGCGAAACUAACGACCUGGGAGGCGGUAACCCCCUCGUCCAGUCCCAGCACAGGUUGGAGUACUCUCUGUCCGACGCCGUUCCACAGACUGCCAGCAUGCACCUGCAGGCUGCGGACGAGAUGGAGGGGCCGCUGGACGACGAAGAAGAGGAGGAGGAUGAAGAAGACGAAGAGGAGGAGGAGGAGGAGGAGGAGAACGAAGACGACGAGGACAGUAGCAGCGUUUGCAGUGUCCUUUCUGAUUCCAGCACCCAGAGCUUAGCCAACAGCGACUCAGAGGACGAGGAUGACGAAGACGAAGAGAACUCCCAGCGGGACGCGGCGGCCCCGUCGGUCUCCCACACCGACGUUGUGCCCUUGUCCGCCGUGUUGUGUUACAGCAACGCGGCUCACGAGAACCACAUGAACGGAAACGCGUACUUAAUGAACUCCCCCUCAGCAGAGUACCAUCAGCUGGGGGGCUGCGGCGUCGCCUGCGACCGCCAAACCGGCCGCCCCGGUGAAGCCUACGGGGAGGCCUUAGCAUUCCAAGCCGGCAACGCCAGCCGAGAACCACCCGACGUGUCCGCCGGGCAGCGCACGGACCACUGUGAUCGCGGCGGGGGGGGGCGGCGCGCGGCCGACGGAGCUCCCGCCCCCCCGUUGACCCGCUGCGCGUCCGAUCGGGAAAAGAAGGCGUUUUCCUCCCAGAACGGGACGCAGUUCGAAAGCUACUUGAACAGCAGCACACAGCCGUGUAUGACGGCGGAGUCCGUCGUCAAUGGCGACUCUGACCCGAGCUUACUGGGAAAGAACCUGCCGUUACCCGACCCUUGCCCCGAGGUCACAGCCAUUUGAAGGCUUCCUCCUCCCUCCAGCCUGACCUAGUAGUAUUUUUAAGGGAGCAUAAUCAUGGCCUUUUUUUUAUUUUAUUUUUUUUAUCCGACCAUAGCAAUUUACAGCACUAGCGAGCAUUUUCAUCUUUCUAUAAAGCCAUAGAUAUCAUGAUGAAAAUAUUGUAUUAUUUCUUUGAGGGUUCCUCUGCUACAGCGUGUGCUGAACUGCAAGAUCCAACUGAUUUUUUUUCCCCCAAACAUCAGUCAUGUCAUGCUGUGCAAUGUAUCUUGUAAUUUCAGAUGUAAAGUUCUAGACUUGAGGAGAUAUUGUUCUGUAGAUGGAACUUUUAUAUGUCUACUGUAUUCGUCUAAAAAAGGUUUAUUGUCAAUUUAUUUAUUGUUUCUGAAUAAUGUGUAUCCUUAAUGUAAAUGUUUUGAUAACAAUAUGCAUGCUGUUUUGGGAAUCUCAGUGACAUUUAGGAAAAAAGAAAAGGCAUUGUUUUAUAGAAAAUGUGUUGUGUACAUAAUGUACAUUUCACCUAUUGUUUUGUCACUAUAUUAUUUUCUGUUUUUUUUUUUAAAGCAUGAAAAGCCUGAAUUCUUAUUUUGAUGUUUGGAAUACAAUAUCUAGAGCACAAAAUAUCAAGAAAUCAAUCCACAGCCUGUUGGACUUGUGUGUGGGGGUCCAGUGGCAAUUGGUUCUAACUAAAAUGGAGAAAAGAAUAAGUCCCCUCACUUGUUUUUUUGUCUCCACUGUUUACUCUUUAAAAAACAUGAUUUGCAGGUCCCUCUACAAAUACAGAUGAAUUCUUUGAUUUCCAUUGAAACAGGGAUAUUAAUAAAAAGUAGCACUUUGACAUAUUUCCAUAAGUAUAAAAAGCAAAUAUCUUCAUUAAAGUGGAAAGACCCUUCCUUAAUUGUCACAGCACUUGGUAUUGUAACUAAAGCACCAUUAGUUUGAAAAUCUGCAUGCAGGGGAAGCAAAUGUUCAAGGUUGACAAUCAAAACUCAAACAUUAUUCAUAUCAGUAACCAACAGCUACACAAUGACUCCGGAUUCUCAGGAGCCAUUGACUUAACAGUCCGAUGUGAGAAAAAUGUUUACCAAAAAUCUAUGAACAACCUUCUAUGAGAUCUUUAAGCAGUCAACAACUGGGGUUUUUUGCAAUAAUGUAGCGAAUAGAACUAGUGAAGUAUGCUGCUGAAGUUCUUUCCCUCGAGCUCUCUGUUCCUGCAUGAAUACAGAUAUUCGUUCCAAGCUUGCAAAUAUCGGUCCAUACUUUAUAAUUAGAAAGACUGAUACCAGAGUUUUGAGGGUUAUGGUUUGACUGUCGAGUAGCUGGGACCUCUCAUGCUACCGCGUGGCACAAACGAAAUAUUCAGACUGCUUUCAGGCAAUCAGUGGCAUCAACGUAGCCGGUAGUACAGAUCAAUUGUGCCAAAGCGUACAUUGUGAGAUGUAUGGAUACAUGGACCCUGCAUCCAGUUAAGACUCCUGUGUUGGCUUUUUGUUUUUCCAGUAUUUAAUAUGAAUGAUAUAUUGAAAUGUGUAUUUAUUGUGGUUUACUAUAAAGUCUGUAUUGAGUAAAUUGCUUCACUAUCUUGAAAUUGUCUUUUGUUACAUGCUGGUUGUGAGUUGUAAAAGCUUCAUGUGCCUAAUUUAUUCCUUUCUAUUUCUAAUUCUGUAAAAUGCAAACGUUUGCACAAAAUGGUAAAAAUGUUUUCAAUGUGUUUGGUUUUCCAACUGUAGAUAGAGCAAGUUUAAUUUUCUGUUUCAUUUUUAACAUGGUUUUGAAAUAAAUUUGAUUAAAAUGAC